AUGGCAAACCCCAUUGCCGCCUCCCCAGUCUCGCCGGCGGUCCCCCAGGGGCUCGAGCCUCGACAGCAAAAUGGGGUCCACGUGGUGUUCUACGCCGACGGAAACUGCGGCGGCAGGUCGUAUCCGUUCGGGGUCCUCGGCCGUACCUGGUGGCUGCGAGAUCACGACAUGGAGCGGGAGCGGCUGCAGCGGGUCGUCUGCGAGUGCGUCGAGCAAUGGAUGCACCACGGUUUCAUAUGCGUCGGCCCUGAUCGACUGCCUGAAUGCCGUGGUGGGAGGAUGGCCGGGACGUUCCCCGAGUAG